UUUCGACAUAGACUUUAGGCAUUCCCAAGCUUUCAGUGCUGCAGUGCGAGAGUUGGUCUGCUUGGAGAAGCACGCUUACUUUUCUUUUAACACUCCGUAAAUUUUACUAUUUUAUAAAUUCGAGUUUUAGUUUUUUUUGACUUUCAAAUCCAAAAAUAUUCAACAAAAAUGGACGCAGCAUAUGAAGAUCCGAUGGUAUCGUGUCCAAUUGACGAUGCUCAUCGAAUUUUGAAGUCAAAGUUGCAGAAACAUCUAAUUAAGUGUUUAAAGGCUAAUGGCCUAGUAGAUAAAAUGAUAUGCCAUUACAACUCUUUGCAUAUAAUUAAUAUUAACGAGGAAAAGAAACACCUGUCGGAGUGUGAGAGCUAUGCGAAGAUUUUUGUUGUGAGUACUGAGAUAGCGGAAAAACCCAACUACUCUGGAGUAGUUCCUUUCGAUGAUGCUGUAGAUCAAGUGACGAGGGCUCUCGAAGCUAUUGGUACAUCUAACCAAGAAGAGAAAAUAUGUUUUAUCGACGGCCCGGCGUACAAUCCUGAAGAAGCUAAAAUUCAUGAACCAGUGUUCCGGUCAAUGAAUGGUGAAGCCAAGUCCGCGAGAAAGAACUUCCGUAGAAAAGAAGUUAUGAGACAUGCUGCUCUAGAAGCUAGACAAACGACUGAAAUGCAAAAUGGCGGUCGUCGAUCAAACAAGGCUCAACUCGAGAAUACGCAUCGACCAACCGCACUUGAAGAUAAGGGUAUCGAAGACGAUACUCCUGAAGACGGAAGCAUUUAUCAAGGAUUGCCUGUAAAUAUAUCCACUGAACACGAAAUUUUCGAAGACUCAGGUAAAGGUUGGAACGUAAGUGGAGCUGAAGAUGAUGACAGUGGUGCAAUCGCAUCCCCGGUAAGAAGUAAUAAAUCUGCUGACUUGGAUACUUCUAUUAAAUCCAAAGAAAAACUUAUUGAAGACACUAAAACUGAGACGGACUAUUUUCUGGAAGAAGCAGAUUAUUAAAACACUACCUCUAGACUACUUAAAAAAUAUAACGUAGGUGAUGUUUAAUUAAUUUUAUAUAAUAGUCAAUAAUCAACUGACAAGCAGUUUUUAAUUAAUUUAUAUUGUUUUAUUUGUUUAAAUAGAAGGGAAAUAAUUCAUAUAUUGCUAUGUUUUAUACCCUAAAGAUACUUACAUAUAUUUCUUAACUCCCAAUUAUUGUAUUAUAACCUAAUUUAAUAUUUAGCAAGUUUUUUUAUUGUGCUUUUAAUAAUGUCUUAAGCAGCAUAUAUUAAAAUUCUAUUUUUUGACACGAUAUUAAAAAAAAUUAAAUGUUUGUCUAAUUAAUAUUGACUUGAAAUGAAUGAAUGAUCUUUUACA